GUGUACCCUGUUGACGACUGACGUAUUGAUCAUAGCGCAAACUUCGUAAUUUUUGUUGAAAGUAAAAUACCUAAGAAAAUUAAUAAACGAACAAUGGAACUAAACAUUAUUUUAACUAUUAGUAUUGAUAUCUAGUACUUUGUAAAGUUAAGCAAUAAGUUAAUAAAGCUUAUCAGUUUUAGCGCCACCGUGUGUCAGAAAGCAGGACUAAAUAUUACUUUACGAAAGGCCUUUAGUACCUACUUGUACCACCUUGGCUUAAGACGCAUGAUCAAUUUUCUGUCUGUCCCUAUCUUUUGUAAAGAUUUCCCACGGUCAGCGAACGACUAUCGAUUUAAAAUAAAUAGGACAGAAGUCCUAAAGCCCUAAAAAUGUGGACUUAGAGCUGACGUUAAAUUUGUGUCAGUGUAAAAACAAAAUGUUUAAUAAAGCAGUGUUGUGUCUAUCGACCUUACACUUUUAUAGUGUUGCAGCACAAGGAGAAUGCACCGAUUUAAGGGGAAGGCUCAUUACAAAUGGGAUGCACUAUGUUCCAGGCCCUGAUACAUGCACGUUAUGUAUUUGUGAUAAUGGCGUGCCAAAAGUGUGUAAAGCUGUUCUGUGUUCACCUCCCCAGGAUUGUCGUUCAUUUCGUGUGGGUACUACGUGCUGCGAGUUUAUUUGUCUCGACGAUGUAGUAAAACCCGCCGAGGGUGCUGAGGCUAAUGUCCGAGUAGCGGCUGGAGGAGCAGCGGCAAUAGUCCUGCUCACUGUAGCCUUAGUUGUCUACAGAGUUAGAAAACAGAAACGACGUCGACCACCGCACACGGAAGAUCAGAGGAGUCUGACGAGUAUUGGUUAUAUAAGCGGCAGUAUGGGCUACAUGGGCGGGAGCUGCGAGACGGCGCCGAUGGGAGCGUGGAAGCCUCCUUCUAACUACCUGCCGCGGGGCGAGGCGCCGCCGCCUUACGAGGAGGCCAUGGCACAGUGCCGUUCUGAUCCUAUGAGUCGCUCGGUCGUCAGAGUGGGCACGGAGCCGUCGUUCCACCGCACGUACGCGGCCGACGACGUGUGCGCGUCGCACGCCUACAACCUGCCGCGCCCCGUCGCGCAGAUUGCGAAUACUCAAAACUGCUACAACGCUCCUCUUCUGCAAUCCGUACAUCCGCCGGAAGUGAGAGACGUGUCUAAUAUUCCUCAUCCCUUGGCUCCAAACAUGGGCGCAGUGGGGGGCGGCGCCCGGCUGACGGGCUCGCUGGGCGCCAUCAGCGCGCGACUCAGCGUGCCGCGCGACGACCACGAGCGCCCGCACAACGUGCCCGGCUUCUACGCCACGCACGCCGCCCUGCACCGAACGAUCCCGCGCAUCUCGACGGCGGUGGACACGUCGACGCUGGAGGCGAUGGGCUUCUCGCGCGCGGACCGCUCGCUGGCGGGCGAGGUGCGGCGCUCCUUCCACCGGCCCGGCGAGCGCAUCGAGCGCGUGCACUCGGGCCGCAGCGUGCCGCGCAACCUCAACAUCGCGUCCGCGCCCGACGCGCCCCUCGCCGCCCACGGGCCCCUCGCGCCGCACGCGCCCCUCGCGCCGCACGCGCCCCUCGCGCCGCACGCGCCCCUCGCGCCGCACGCGCCCCUUGCUCCGCACGCCCCCCUCGCGGCGCACGCCCCCCUCGUGCCGCACUCCGUGCACACUCUCGCGGCAGAGUCCGACGACGCGAGCCAGGCGUCGGGGCGCGCCGCGGGCAGGCCGCGCGCGCACAGCGACGAACAGGACGCGAAGAGUAAGCAGCCCGAGGCGCCCCCCACUCUGCCUCUCACCGUAGACAAGCCUUCGUGCGUGUGCAGCUACGAGAGCAGCGCACGCGCAGAGGACGCGGACGACUACCGCAGCGAGUGCGAGAACUGCCACUCUACCAAUAACAAUUCAACGUGGGAGGAAGGUGGUGGAGCGGAGGGUGCGGGGUGGGGAGGUACGCAGACGCUGCAGCGCCGCGCGCCCCCGCCGCCCGCGCCGCCCCCCGCCACCGCCACGCUGCCGCAGCCCGUCACCAGGCACGGUCGAACCACAAUGGGCAAUCCGUCUAACUGGGAGAAUUGGUUCAACACGAUACCUGAUUCUGAUACAGAAUCUGAAGAAGAAUGAAACGAAAUGAACCGAUGUAUGGACAUCGACAGAGAAACAGCCCUUUAAUGUAGUGACUUGCAAUUUUCGAACCGUCAUAUAUUAUUUUGCUCCUUAGACCGGCGCCACACAAGUGCAAAUAUUCGUGCAAAUGUUUUUAAUGACUAUUUCUAAAUUUCUUUAUCUGUUGUCAAACGAAGGAAAUGUUUCGACAGAAGUAUCUCCUAAUGUAUUCGCGUGUGUGGCACCGGAAUUAUUCGAUUUUUCUUGUUAUUCGAUAGUUUAUACAUACAGAAAGAAAAAUUGUCUUAGGAAAACUGUUACUGACAAAUGGCAAAAAAUAUGAUUACUAUGUUGCAUUACAUUGCAUGCGGUUGUGAGAAAAUAUGUUUGCGUUAAUAUUUUUUGAAAAGAACUUUCCGUACCUUGUCUAAUAUACUAACGGGCGUUCGUGUUUCUUUUUAUCUUAAUAGAAAAUCUAGGGCUGAUUUAAAAUGCAAACUUAUUUUCUUAAUUUUGAAAAAUAAUAUUUAAGGUUAGGUUAAAAUACAAGACAUUCCCUAAAGUUUCACAUAUAAAUAGACAGCUUUUAUGUGUUAAAUUCAUAAAAGUGACAAUAGUUUCUGUGUAGUCCGGUCGUUGAGAGACUGCGUCUCUGACGUCUGUCAGUUGGU